CACCGAUUGCGCCAUGGACUCCGCAUAUACUUAAAAUAAGAGCUCAGUCGGUUGCCGUGAUCUACGAGAGCAUCCGAGCACUAGCACCAGAUAUUUUUCCAAAAUGUCGCAAAACAUCUACGACCAGCAAGACUUUUUCGAGAAGUACUCGGAACUUCCCCGCUCGGUGAAAGGCCUGGACGGAGCGCCCGAGUGGCCCCAUCUGCAGUCCUUCCUGCCGGACCUCACGGGCCUCCGCGUCCUCGAUCUCGGCUGCGGCUUCGGCUGGUUCGUGCGAUGGGCCAAGGAGCACGGCGCCGAGACAGUGCACGGCGUCGACAUCUCGCAGAACAUGCUGGACCGGGCCCGCGGCAUGACCGAGGACGGCAAGCACGACGGCAUCACAUACCAGCGGGCCGACCUGGACGAGCUGCGGCUACCCGAGGGGGACCGUGGUUCGUACGACGUCGUCUUCAGCUCGCUGGCGUUUCACUACUUGGAGCAUCUCCCCGAACUGGUGGGAAAGGUGCACGGGGCACUGAAGCCCAAGGGGAGGCUGGUGUUUUCGGUCGAACACCCCAUCUUCACGGCGCCGUCGACACAGGGCAUGCAGGUCAACCCGGAGACCGGGCGCAAGUACUGGCCGCUCGAUGACUACCAGAAGGAGGGGCUGCGGGUGACCAACUGGCUGGCAAAUGGAGUGAGGAAGCAGCAUCGCACCCUCGCGACGUAUAUCAACAUCUUGCUGAGCGCCGGGUUUGAGUUGACAGACUUUCACGAGUGGCAUCCGAGCCCGGAAGAGCUAGCGGAACACCCCAGCUGGGACACCGAGAUUGUGAAGCCUACAUUCUUGCUGAUAGGGGCCACCAAGAAAUGAGAGACAUGGAGAGAGAGAAAGGCCUGCUGCAAUCAGAGUUAGCCCUGAUAUGAUAUGGUGACAUCGAAAUGAUGCCAGGAAGGAAAUGUUGCAGCAGCAUCUUCAGCCUGUGAAGGUGGUUUCAUGGAAUAAAUUCUCAAUCCCGUCUUGAAACAUAUUUUUGACAGUUUAUCAUCAUUUGAUGCUGCUGCAGCAGUGGAAAUAAAAGGAGAUGUCACGUACCUCGGGGCGAGCCUGUGUCGAAGGCCCAAGUAUCUUCCCAUAAACAUAAACGAGAUGGUCAAAAGGAACUUGUCUCUGUCGGAAGUGAAGAGACUGAAAAC